ACGUUUUUAUGCUCCCCGAAAAAAUUUCGGGGGAGCAUAUAGUCGCCGCCUUGUCCGUCCGUCCGUCCGUCCGUCCGUCCGUCUUUCCGUCCGUCCGUCCGUCCGUCCGUCCGUCCCCUUUUCUUGUCCGGGACAUAACUUUGAAACAACAAGAGGUAUCAACAUGAAACUUUGUAGGUAGAUAGAUCUCAUUGAGUAGGUGUGCAGUGCACAAGAACCGUAACUCUGCCUUGCCUAAUUUUUGAAUUACCCCCCUUUGUUUAUUUUACACUUUGAAAUUUGUCCGGGACAUAACUCUAAAAGUAUAAGAGGUAUCAACAUGAAACUUUGUAGGUAGAUAGAUCUCAUUGAGUAGGUGUGCAGUGCACAAGAACCGUAACUCUGCCUUGCCUAAUUUGUGAAUUAUCCCCCUUUGUUUAUUUUACACUUUGAACUUUGUCCGGGACAUUACUCUAAAAGUAUAAGAGGUAUCAACAUGAAACUUUGUAGGUAGAUAGAUCUCAUUGAGUAGGUGUGCAGUGCACAAGAACCGUAACUCUGCCUUGCCUAAUUUUUGAAUUAUCUCCCUUUGUUUAUUUUACACUUUGAACUUUGUCCUGGACAUAACUCUAAAAGCAUAAGAGGUAUCAACAUGAAACUUUGUAGGUAGAUAAAUCGCAUUGAGUAGGUGUGCAGUGCACAAGAACCGUAACUCUGCCUUGCCUGAUUUUUGAAUUAUCCCCCUUUGUUUAUUUUACACUUUGAACUUUGUCCGGGACAUUACUCUAAAAGUAUAAGAGGUAUCAACAUGAAACUUUGUAGGUAGAUAGAUCUCAUUGAGUAGGUGUGCAGUGCACAAGAACCGUAACUCUGCCUUGUCUGAUUUUUGAAUUAUCCCCCUUUGUUUAUUUUACACUUUGAACUUUGUCCGGGACAUAACUCUAAAAGUAUAAGAGGUAUCAACAUGAAACUUUGUAGGUAGAAAGAUCUCAUUGAGUAGGUGUGCAGUGCACAAGAACUGUAACUCUGCCUUGUCUUAUUUUUGAAUUAUCCCCCUUUGUUUAUUUUACACUUUGAACUUUGUCUGGGACAUAACUCUAAAAGUAAAAGAGGUAUCAACAUGAAACUUUGUAGGUAGAUAGAUCUCAUUGAGUAGGUGUGCAGUGAACAAGAACCUUAACUCUGCCUUGCCUAAUUUUUGAAUUAUCCCCCUUUGUUUAUUUUUACACUUUGAACUUGUUCCAGGACAUAACUCUUAAUGUAUAAGAGAUAUCAACAUGAAACUUUGUAGGUAGAUAGAUCUCAUUGAGUAAGUUUGCAGUGCACAAGAACUGUAACACUGUCUUGCCUACUUUUGGAGUUAUUGCCCUUUGUUCAUUUUGAAACUUUGAACUUUGUCUGGGACAUUACUCUAAAAUUAUAAGAGAUAUCAACAUGAAUCUUUGUAGAUAGAUAGGUCUCAUUGGGUGAAAGUGCAGUGCUUAAGAAUCAUUACUCUGCCUUGCCUUAUUUUGAAGUAAUUGCCCUUUGUUUAUUUUUACUUUUUGACUUUUGACCUGGACAUUACUUUAAAACUAUUAGAGAUAUCAACAUGAAACUUUGUAGGUAGCUAGAUAUAUUUUGAUAGAACUGCAAUGCUUAAAGAACCUAAACAAAGCCUGGUCUAAUUUUGGAGUUAUUGCCCUUUGUUCAUUUUUACACUUUGACUUUUACCCUGGACAUAACUCUGAUAUCAUCAGGAAACUUUUUAGAUAGAUAGAUCUCAUUGAAUAGAAGUGCAGUGCAAAAAAACAUAACUCUGCUUUGCCUAAAUUUUGAGUUUUUGCCCUUUGUUCAUUUUUUUUAUACUUUCCUGUGUCCAGAACCUUCUCGGGGAGCAUCACCCGGUUCAACCGGUUCUUGUUUUUAAAUGCCUUGAUAAUAUAUUUGCAGCAAAGACGAUGGACUUUCCUCGUAUGCUAGCAAAACGGGAGAUCGGUUGGAGAGGCAAUACUUUAUUCUAUAGGAUUGUUGAAAAAGAACUGAUUAACAUGUUCGAUCGGGAAUGGUAUUUUGAUCAUCCUUUUCUGACAGAUUUACUUUGCAUUUUACUUGAAACGGCAGAGAAUAGCCACUGUGCAAGACUUAUGAUGACAGAAAUCCAUUCAUUUAUGAAUGACAAAAACGCUGAGAUCAAAAGUAUUGUAAUCUUGUCACGAAGAUUAAUUCAUAUUUUACCUUUUAAAAAUGUUGAAAAAGUUUGUGAAAUCAUCGACGACAUUAAAAUGAAUACACUUUAAAAAGAAAUUUGUUUUCACUAUAAAUGAUUGAUAAUGAAGGAAAUCAAAAAUGACUAUUGAAAAAGAGAUUUUUAUUUCAAAAUCUAUCACAAAUUUGAAAUGAUUGCUAGUGGUUUUGUUUUUUUAAGUAGAACUUUGAUGAUGAAUUUUAAGAUUGCCAUCAAAUAUUGAUAAUAUUUUACUGUCUUUGCAUAUAAACAAUAUAAAGGAAAACAUGAAAAGAAACAAUUUAUGUUUAUAAAUGAAUUUGUACACGAGUUAUAAACAACCUGUUUUGUAAAACUUAUGUCGUACACGUGUACGUGUAUACUAAGGGUAAAGUCUUUUUUUGCGUUAAACGCGAAAAAUAUAAUAAUAAUUAUAACAAUAAUAUAAUAAUAAAAAUGGUGAUGUUAAAAUCAGGCAAACUAAUAAAGUAAAGCAAUAUAAUUUAUAAUGAAAUAGAAUUAUCCACAUAAGUUAAAAGUGAUUUGCAAUAUUCUUUAUUCUCCAUAAAAACAAUUUAACAAUGAAGUCACGCGAUCACGCUCCGUUAUUAUUUUUCAGUGUGCGAUUCCUUGCGCCGACACAAUCCCUCUAUCUAAAAGAAACAUUGUAAUUCAACAAUUCUAUCACUUGGCUUGACAGAAUAUCUUAAGUAUAAUUUGCCUUUUAAACUUGCUUUACAUAAUUUUGUUUACAUCUGCAUAACAUCAAAAUAAAAAAUCGGAAGUCGAUAUUAAUGAAAUCGAGCAUAAUUAUUAUAUCGUUCAGCAUAUGUGCAUUGUUGACACCUUAAAAUGCACGGCAAUCGGCGGCACUCCUUGAAUUUAAAUUUAUUCUUAAUUCUAAAUCUUAUUCUAAACAGAACGAUGGCACGAAAGUCUAAAGGUGUUAGAUGUCAGUAUAAUCGUACAAACUUGGAACUCGCAGUUGCCGCCGUUAAGUGUGGGCGUCUGUCUAUUAGAGGUGCAGCCAAAGAAUUUUCAGUUCCCAAAUCCACACUAUCUGACCGGGUAACAGGACGGGUUUCACAAGAUGCGAGUCCGGGUAAAGAAACUGUUCUCCCAUUAGAGGUUGAAAUAGAAAUAGCCGAAAAAAUUAAAGAAGCUGGUAGAAUGGGCUUUGGUAUAACAAGGGCACAACUAUGCAUGAAAGUGUCUCGCAUUGCCCUUGCAAUGAAGAUUAAGACACCGUUUCGAAACGGCAUACCAGGUAAAGAUUGGGUUGAUGGUUUUAAAAAGAGACACCCAGAUGUUUCAUUGAGAACACCUACCCCGCUAAACUCCGUGAGAGCACGUAUGCUCAAUAUCGAGGUCACAAAUAAAUACUUUGCGGAUCUCGGGAAGUGUAUCAGCACCCUUAACCUCCAUAGUUCCCCUCACCUCAUUUGGAAUAUUGACGAGACCAACGUGUCUUUGACUCAUAGACCGUCAAAGGUUUUGGCAGAAACAGGACAACGGAAUGUACCAGGAAGGGUAGGCAACUGUAGAGACGGCGUUACUGUCCUUGCAUGUGUUAAUGCCGCUGGUAAUGAUAUUCCCCCAUUGGUUAUUGUGAAGGGUCAAACAGAGAAGUCCCUCCGUGCAUAUAACGUGGCACAAGGUCCUCACGGAGCAAAAUAUACUUACCAAAAGAAGGCCUGGAUGGAAGAUAUAUUGGGUGUUACGUGGUUUAAAGAUCACUUUUUGAGGUAUUGUGGUUCAGAGAGGCCACAGAUGAUUAUCCUUGACAGCCACAGUUCACAUGAAACCAUUGGUUUGAUCAGCUUGGCCCGUGAAAAUGACAUUCAUCUAUUUGCUCUGCCCCCACAUACAACCCAGUACUUAAACCCUUUAGAUAAAACUGUAUUCGGGCCAUUCCAAAGAGAGUACAACCGCCAGUGUACUGAUUUUAUGAGCAAAUCGCCAAAUAAUAUUGUAACAAAAUGGGAGUGGCCAAGACUUUUUAAGUCUGCCUACAUGAAAACUGUUAAUAAAGAAAAUAUCGCGAAGGGUUUUGAAUUUUGCGGGAUCUUUCCUUUCAAUCCUUCAAGCAUCCCAAUGUCAGCAUUUUCGCCAUCUUUGCCCUUUGAUAAUCCUUCAUAUUCAAUAACUUCUAUCCACGGCGAACACGACACCAGUGCUGUUGUCCCGUUGAAUACAUCAGGUUCUAUACCUCAGGAAUGUGAGGCGCCCGAGUCGUCGGCUGUACCAGAGGGUGCAACUCUUAUUGGAACGGCUGAUGCAAAUGGUGUAGCUGAGAUAGAUGACCCAUCAGCACUUCUUGACCUGAUUGUAAGAGGGCAACUAGAAAUUAUCACAUCUGAAAAUGAACAAGUCAAUGUAGUAAGUGUUGAAACAAAUUCUUGGAACGAUGAAAUAAACAAAGAAUUCAAAUUACCUACACCAGAAAUACCAAAAUCAAAGAAAGUUAAUAAAAAGUUGACAAGCCAUAGACUUUUAACAUCCGAUGAAAUUUAUCAACAAAAAAUAAAAGAAAAGGAACAAAAGAAAAAACUUGAGCAAGAGAAAGAAGACAGAAAAAGAAUUAGAGAAAUGAAGGCUUUAGAAAAGAAAAAUAAAGAAAUAAUGAAGAAAGCAGGAAGUGCAAAGCGCCAAAGGCUGCAGUAACAUAAUAUUAUACUGUUGUGCAAACAUAUCAUACAUGAACAAAACUGUAAACAGUAAUAUUAUACUGAACAAAACUGUAAACAUAUGUUAAUGUAAGGCAGAUUGUGCACUAAUAUUGCUUUCUCUUGAUAAAGAAACAUAAAAAAUGGUGUACGUUUA